AUGUCAAAGCUGACCCCGGCCGGGUCCAGAGAAAAGAUGAUUGGUGCCCCAGACGUGGUGGCGUUUACUAAGGAGGAUGAUUUUGGGGAGGUAGGGUACCCCGACCCCUGGGUGGUGCCAGAGGAGUUCUCUGUCCCUCUGUUGCCAUCGAACAACAACGCCAACCCCUGGGCCAAGACUUCAUACGCCAAGUUCACUAAGGACUUCAUCCUCAUAUCAGAGUUCUCUGAGCAGGUGGGCCCCCAGCCUCUGCUCACCAUUCCUGAUGACCCGAAGGUGUUUGGGACCUUUGACCUCAACUACUUCAGUCUGAGGAUCAUGUCUGUUGACUACCAGGCCUCGUUCGUAGGACACCCCACCGGCAGCGGAUACCCACGACUCAGUUUUGUGGAGGACUCCCGGGUGGUGCUGGGCGACUCUAAGGAGGGGGCGUUUGCCUACGUUCACCACCUGACGUUGUAUGACCUGGAGGCGCGAGGCUUCGUCCGGCCGUUCUGCAUGGCCUACGUCUCUGCCGACGAGAGGAAGAUCAUGAUGCAGUUCCAGGAGCUGUCGCUCCUCUUCUCCCGCGCCUCCGAGUGUCUGAAGACCGGAAACCGACGGGCCUUCGCCCGCGAGCUGCAGAGGAAGCUACGGGACCUGGAGUACACGCGGUCCGUUCUGCAGAAAGAGGAGGGGCUACAGCGGGAGGCGGGGCCUCAGGGGUGUUACUCCGCCCACGCGGUGGACAAGGCCAAUGAGCUCGCGGCGAUGGAGAAGAGUAUCUACGAGCACCGAGACCUGCUGAGGCAGAUCACCUCGUACCCCCUCCGCCCCCGCCGGGACCCCCACGCUGCACACUGUCAACACUGUGUCACGGAGUCCCAGAGACACAGAGACGCACCGCCCGGCCCUGACGCGGCGGAGGAGGCGGGAGAAGAGAGGAGACAGUCCUACACCCCUCAGCUGAUCAAGGGGAAGUCGGCGAAAUGUUUCGCCAAGCGUCUGAAGGACCUGACGGAGUUAUGUGAGGAGAGGUUCUACGAGGCCACCGUGGAACUACUCACUCACACCGAGAGGUGUUUCCGGGGGGACUUGUGUUACCUGUACACCCGCCGCCUGGACCGAGCGCUACGCAGGAAACAGAACAUCACCAACUUCCUGUUUGAGGAGGAGCUGGGGGAGGAGGAAGAAGAGGUAGCGGUGCUGGGAAGAAUCUUCUGUUCUCUCGACCACACGGUGGGGACGGACCCACACUCGCAUAUACACACCCCGUCCAUCGUGCUGUGCCCGGCGCCACCGGAGUCUGUGGAGGUUCUGGAGGUGUACCCUGCCUGUCCUGAUAACUCUGCCCAGCAGAGUGAGGCCCUGACCGGAGAGGAGAGGCUGGAGUCGUCACUCUCUGACCUGACCAUGGAGACACAGGACCAGGAAAGCUCUGAGGGGAAUAAGGACAGCUUUAGUAGCGACAGGAGUGGAGGAGAGGAGGAGGAGGAGGGAGACCAGACCCCUGUUUUUCUGCUGGAGGCUGAGGAAGGGGGCGAGGGAGAGGGUGAGACACACCGUGUGUGUGAGAGGGAGGGAGAGACCGAAGGAGUCUUUAACGGAAAGAGGGAGGGAGAGACAGAAGGAGUGUUUAACGGAAAGAGGGAGGGAGAGACCGGAGGAGUCUUUAACGGAAAGAGGGAGGGAGAGACCGAAGGAGUCUUUAACGGAAAGAGGGAGGGAGAGACCGGAGGAGUCUCUAACGGAAAGAGGGAGGGAGAGACCGAAGGAGUCUUUAACGGAAAGAGGGAGAGAGAGACAGAAGGAGUGUUUAACGGAAAGAGGGAGGGUGAGACAGGAGUGUUUAACGGAAAGAGGGAGGGAGAGACCGAAGGAGUGUUUGAGAGAGGGGCUGAGAGAGAGGAGGGAGGUGCUGAGACAGGGGAGGGUGAUGGACAGAGAGUUCCUGACCCUGAGUUGUUGGUUCAGAUGGACACGGCCUGCUGCAUGUCUCAAGAGGGCUUCCUGUACAACUCCUCUCCCCCAGACACGCUGCCUGCUGCUGGGCUGCAGCCCGGCUCUCUACCCCUGGUGGUCAACCAGGAGCCCCAGGCCCUGCUGCCGGUCCAGGGGGUCUACGGCCUGGGUUCCCCCCACUGCCAGAGCCCUGGGGCUGGACUGGACCUGCCCAUCUCCUCCUUGGGAGAUACCACCUCCAGGGGAUCGGACCAAGACGGGUCGGACUGUACCAUGUCAGCGUCUACGGGGUCCGAACGGGCCGGCUCACCUCUGGGGUACGGGGGGGUGGUGACGCUGAGGCAGAAGAAGAGGGCCGGGCAGGGAGCGCUCAGGUUUGUACGUCAGUAUCCGUUUGCCCUGCAUGCCCUGUGGUCCCUACUGAGCGGUCGAACCCUGGUGGUCCUUGGAUCUGAGGAGGGCAGGGUCAGGAGGCUGGUGUCCGCUCUAGCCCUCUACGUGCCUGGACCCGGGCGCUGUGGGGAGAGGGUCCAGCCCUGGCUCUCCUGCCCCUUCAGCCUCGCUGACCUGCAGAGAUGGAAACUCAUAGGACUGCAGAGGAUGGCGUCUCCCGCGGGGACCAGCAUGCUCUGCUCUCUGUCUCGCUACAGCCGUUACAUCUCCGUCCUGGACGCUGACCGGAAGACCCUCCGUUGCCCCGGCUACCGCGGAACCCUCCUGGCCAACGUGGCGGACCACCGUACCCGCCUCCGCCGAGGUUCCACCUACUUCCUACAUCUUCAGAACACGCUCAGUAGACUGGCUGCGCGGGCUUUCCUCCUUAGCUUUACACAUCACCUCCACCUUCCCAUCAGCCACCUGGAGCAGAGACAGGAAGUAGAAGAGAGGACGCGGGGCUUCCUGAGGGAUCAGCUCAGGCUUGGGGAAGACGACUGUGCCGUCCUGAUGUACCUGAGUCAGCUGAUCACACAGCACUACCUGGAGAUGGACAACACGCCUGGAACCACACAGCACUACCUGGAGAUGGACAACACGCCUGGGACCACACAGCAGGACCUGGAAGCUAACAACAUACUAGACCCUGCCACAGGGGGCGCUAUAACCCCAGAGACGGGCGUAGACCCUACCACUGGGGGCGCUAUAACCCCAGAGCAGUACCUAGACCCUACCACUGGGGGUGCUAUAACCCCAGAGCAGUACCUAGACCCUGCCACAGGGGGUGCUAUAACCCCAGAGCAGUACCUAGACCCUACCACAGGGGGUGCUAUAAUCCCAGAGACGGGCGUAGACCCUGCCACAGGGGACGCUAUAGACCCUGCCACUGGGGGUGCUAUAACCCCAGAGACGGACAACACGCCUGGAAACACACAGCAGAACCUGGAAGCUAACAACAUACUAGACCCUGCCACUGGGGGUGCUAUAACCCCAGAGCAGUACCUAGACCCAGCCACAGGGGGUGCUAUAAUCCCAGAGACGGGCGUAGACCCUGCCACUGGGGGUGCUAUAACCCCAGAGCAGAACCUAGACCCUGCCACUGGGGGUGCUAUAACCCCAGAGCAGUACCUAGACCCUGCCACUGGGGGAGCUAUAACCCCAGAUCAGUACCUAGACCCUAUCACUGGGGGCGCUAUAAUCCCAGAGACGGGUGUAGACCCUACCACUGGGGGUGCUAUAACCCCAGAGACGGGCGAAGACCCUACCAUCCUUCAGUCUGCUAUUAGGAGCAGAGCUCCACCCAGCUUCACCUUUAACUACACCUCUAGUCUCCUAUACAAGAUCUGAUCUGAAACAUUGACUGGGGUCGAAUCUCCUAGAGCCUGAGAGCCCUCAAGUCCUCUCUACUCACCUCCCUCAAAACAACACUGGAGGAGAAGAUCUGCAGAGAUUCACUCUAGGUUGGAGACGGAGGGCCUGUCUCUGUCUCCUAGGUAACCAGGAGAGACGGAGGGCCUGUCUCUGUCUCCUAGGUAACCAGGAGAGACGGAGGGCCUGUCUCUGUCUCCUAGGUAACCAGGAGAGACGGAGGGCCUGUCUCUGUCUCCUAGGUAACCAGGAGAGACGGAGGGCCUGUCUCUGUCUCCUAGGUAACCAGGAGAGACGGAGGGCCUGUCUCUGUCUCCUAGGUAACCAGGAGAGACGGAGGGCCUGUCUCUGUCUCCUAGGUAACCAGGAGAGACGGAGGGCCUGUCUCUGUCUCCUAGGUAACCAGGAGAGACUGAGGGUGUUUAGUGAAUGUAAUAUCACAAGUGUUCACGUCAGUGACGUCGCAAUCAUGCUGUCCAUCCAUCCUUCUAAUGAAUGUCCUAACCGAGGGAGGGGAGGGGGGGGGGCCUGGACACUGAUUUUGAUUGACAAGUCACUAUGAGCCGUCCUUCUGAUCUGAGCGAGAAGUGUGUGUGUGUGUGUGUGUGUAACGUUAAUAUGAUGCAUGUUCUGUGUGUGUUCGUGCCGGGUCUGUGUCACGUGAUGUUGCAUGUUGUCCACAGAACCACAGUACUACUACAGUUGCUUAGGAACGUUGACGUUGUAAAAGGACCAGAUUGGUGCCCAUUCAACUAAUCUAAUCUAACAAAAGAGGAUAAUUUGUCAAAUCAGUCAUGAUUUAUGUAUUGUAACAAGCCCACACUGUAUUUACUAAAGUCCGAUUUUGAAAAUAUUGGACUGUUUUCCCUGCAUAACAUGUAGAAGUUUUUCAGGUUUAGAAGAAGUGACUGCUAAAUGCUAACUCCCAUUCGUAUAAGCUGGUAGCAUAGCUAGCAUACAGAAAUCGUUGACGGUAGUCACGUCGUUUAAAAAAAAAUAAUAAUAACUAAUGCAGUUGAUUGGUGACGAUGACGUGAGUUAAUGUGAAACAUCCAUACAAACAUUAUACUCAGAUUUUUACCUCAACAUAGUGUGAAAUACACAUAUAAGACAAUAACUUAAAAAGUAGGCUAAUUUAGCUUGGGAUCUUUUCCCCCGACGCGUUUCCAUGGCGAUGACGUUCCAUUGUUGUGGUCGAAGUUCGCUCUUUACGGCAUCUAUCCCAACGACGUGCAUAUAAACUCUGGACUGCUGAUGCUUUGUAUUGGCCAUUUAGAGGCUUUGAGCCACCGGUCGGCCAUGUUGACAGUCCUCCACAGGAAUGGAUGGAAAUCUACAGCGUUUCAAUUAAAGGUUUCAAGGACAAAAUUACAUGUAUUUAAGUAUUUGUUGUUGUUAAGUAGUGGGGGACAGUAACAUUAGUACUUUUAAGGGGGGAUAUUUUAGUUUAGCUCACAUAUGUAAAAUUAUACAUUAAAGGUGUCUAAUGGAAUAAACGUGUCAGAAAUUAAUGUAGUGACAUUAGUAAAUGACGAUUUCUAUAUCUUCCGACAUAUUAUUUACAAUUGAGGAGAGCCAAGAUGGCUGCCUGGUGGCUUCAAUACAGCACCCCUCUGUCAGCCAUCCAGGGUUUAUACACAUCAUUAAGGAGAGCCAAGAUGGCUGCCUGGUGGCUUCUAUACAGCACCCCUCUGUCAGCCAUCCAGGGUUUAUACACAUCAUUAAGGAGAGCCAAGAUGGCUGCCUGGUGGCUUCAAUACAGCACCCCCCCUGUCAGCCAUCCAGGGUUUAUACACAUCAUUAAGGAGAGCCAAGAUGGCUGCCUGGUGGCUUCUAUACAGCACCCCUCUGUCAGCCAUCCAGGGUUUAUACACAUCAUUAAGGAGAGCCAAGAUGGCUGCCUGGUGGCUUCAAUACAGAACCCCCCUGUCAGCCAUCCAGGGUUUAUACACAUCAUUAAGGAGAGCCAAGAUGGCUGCCUGGUGGCUUCAAUACAGCACCCCCCCUGUCAGCCAUCCAGGGUUUAUACACAUCAUUAAGGAGAGCCAAGAUGGCUGCCUGGUGGCUUCAAUACAGCACCCCCCCUGUCAGCCAUCCAGGGUUUAUACACAUCAUUAAGGAGAGCCAAGAUGGCUGCCUGGUGGCUUCAAUACAGCACCCCCCUGUCAGCCAUCCAGGGUUUAUACACCAUUGAUUUAUAGAGCCCUAUAGUGGAGGUGUCAUAAUUCCCAUAAAACCUAGCGGUCAAACAGGGAAAUGGUUCCAAUCGUUAUUCCACCAAUCUCUCUCGGACAAGGUGACUUUUAUCAAUAUAUUCGGCUCUGUUUACUCUCAGAUUUGAAAAUGCUAAUUGGCAUCAAAGAAGACAUCAUGCAAGACUACAAAUCCCAGCAUGCUCCUGCACGUCAUCUCUAGCUGACACCUUUGCUAACAGGUGUGUCAAUUAAAAACUGACACAAGACAGUUCACAGAAUUGUCCAUUUAAAUGAAAUGUAGCCAAUUUAUUAAUGACUACAUUUAGCUAACAUCAGAUAGUUAAUACAGAGAUUCUUACCUUUGCCUCGAUUCGGCAGUCUCGCCCAGAUCAUCAUGGUAUUUGUAGUUUUUUAUGAUAGCCACAUUAGCAGCUAAUUAGCAUAUCAUUUUUUUGGGGGGGGGGGGGUAAAUAAAGGCGACCUGUAUUUGAUUUGAAAAAAUCACCUUGUCUUAGAGAGAUUUACACAGCCCUUAUUUUACGAUUCUGAAAUGUAUUCUGGGAAAAACGUUGUGAAUCGUUUCCCUGUUUAUGGGUAGUAUGACUGUACUGUGGCAUACAUGGAGCAAGGUGGGGGGGAAUAAUCAAAUUUAAAACAGGAUUUAAGGAGCCUCCCGGGUGGCGCAGUGGUCUAGGGCACUGCAUCGCAGUGCUAGCUGCGCCACCAGAGUCUCUGGGUUCGCGCCCAGGCUCUGUCGCAGCCGGCCGCGACCGGGAGGUCCAUGGGGCGACGCACAAUUGGGCUAGCGUCGUCCGGGUUAGGGAGGGUUUGGCCGGUAGGGAUAUCCUUGUCUCAUCCCGCUCCAGCGACUCCUGUGGCGGGCUGGGCGCAGUGCACGCUAACCGAGGGGGCCAGGUGCACGGUGUUUCCUCCGACACAUUGGUGCGGCUGUCUUCCGGGUUGGAGGCGCGCUGUGUUAAAGAAGCAGUGCGGCUUGGUUGGGUUGUGCUUCGGAGGACGCAUGGCUUUCGACUUUCGUCUCUCCCGAGCCCGUACGGGAGUUGUAGCGAUGAGACAAGAUAGUAAUUACUAGCGAUUGGAUACCACGAAAAAUUGGG